CCUCAACUGCGUGGCUCUCUUGCCUUGUUCCUCCUCCCCUGUGUACUUGUACUUCGCGCGAAUCCAUUUUGUUUUAGCUCAACCCAGACUGCAAACCUCUGACACCAUGAACUCGCUAUAUACCCUUGGCGUACGCCAAACAAACUCCAUACAGGCGGACUUGGAACGGUUACGGAAUGGCGACAAGUCUGCUGCAUUGCUAGGGCAGAUAUCUGCAUCGUUGGCUGCCAUGCACCGGACCGUGGAUGACUAUGACUCAAUGGCGAAGAGGGAGAUCAUCAAGGCGAAACAGGAGAAGGCUAUGAUGCGUGUCCAGAGAUUUCGAACCGACUAUGCAGAGUUCCGUGGGCAAUUUGAGAAGUUUAAGGUUGAGCAAGAAGCAGCAGCGCGUUCAGAACUAUUGGCUGCAUCGUCAUCAUCCACGACACCGUUGUCAGCCGGAAUGGCACGACAACGAUUCAUGGCGGGUCAACAAUCAAAUUCGAGCGACGUCUCGGGGUCACCUUUCCGAAAUCCGUCCGCAAUGCCAAUGUCCGACCUGCGCGAGCAACAUGCUCUCCACGAACACACCUUCAUACAUAAUACCGAGUCGCGGUUGGACGACUUCAUUGCGCAGGGGCGCGCAGUGCUCGACGACCUCGUGGAACAGCGGACAGUUUUGAAGGGUACACAGAAGCGUUUAUUAGAUGCAGCCAACACGUUGGGUCUGAGUAGGGAUGUCAUUGGAUGGAUAGAGCGGAGGAGUACACAAGAUAUGUACAUCUUCUUUGCUGGGGCGAUCUUCACAUUCGUUUGUUUCUACCUGAUAUGGAGGUAUUUUGGAUGAGGUUGCUAGGACUUCGAGCUAUCUGGGAUGGACCAUUGCAUGUAGCUACUUAGUACGAUACUAUCCUUCUACAUAUCUACUCCGACGGCGACAUCGUCCUGUCUCUUCCGUCAUCGAACAAACCUGAGUCAAUAUCAGUUGCCGC